UUAUUUCAUUCUUUAAGGUCACAUCUCAUAACGGCUUCCAAUUUUAACAAAUUUGGAUUAAAAGAAGAAAAGUUUGGUAACUUACAAUUAAUCCAAACAAACUAAUUCACACCAAAAUCAAAUCUAUACAUGUAGUAUGUACACGUGCCUAUAUAUAAAAAUACUGGUUUCAUCAUCUUCUGCUAAAAGGGACUCUGAGAAUGGGAAAUCAAAGCAUCCUUCUAAACCUUCUAUUUGCUCUCUUGAUUCUGUUUGCAGACUCAACAGUGGCUGCACCAGUCGGAGUUUGCUAUGGCCGUGUCGCCAGCAACCUACCACCACCCUCCGAGGUCGUCAAUCUCAUCAAAUCAAACGGCAUUUCAAGAAUUCGUCUAUUCAACCCUGACCCUGAUGCCCUAAAACCAUUCUCCGGCACUGGAAUCGAGCUCAUGAUCGGUGUCCCCAAUGAAAUCCUCCCUACUCUAGCCAAUGGCACAGUGCCCACUUCUCUUGAAUGGCUUCAAACAAACAUUUUCUCGAACAUCUUGCCUACACAAAUUCGAUAUCUUGCAGUUGGCAAUGAAGUACUCCUGAAAGAUCCAUUCUACUCUCCUUAUGUUGUCCCUGCAAUCCUUAAUCUAUACGAAGCUCUUCAAACGUUAGGAUUAUCAGAAACAAUCAAACUUUCAUCUUCUCACGCCGCUUCAAUAUUAUCUAGUUCAUACCCUCCAUCAUCCGGUGCUUUUGACCCGAAUAUCCAACCCGUUUUACUUCCUCUUUUGCAGUUUUUACAAACCUCCGGAUCGCCAUUAAUGGUGAAUGUGUACCCAUUCUUCAGUUACAUAAACAACCCGCAAUAUAUAUCCCUUGAUUAUGCACUCUUUAGAUCCUCCACUCCCGAUAUUGACCAGAAUCUUGCAUAUACCAACAUGUUUGACGCAACGGUGGAUGCAUUUGUGUACGCUAUGGAGAAGGUGGGUUUUCCGGGCAUUCCUGUGGUCGUGACGGAGACAGGGUGGCCGGCGGCCGGCGGCUUUGCCGCGAGUCCAGAGAAUGCGUUGGAUUAUAACGCGAAUAUAGUGAAACGAACUGUGAAUAACUUUGGGACGCCAAAAAGACCUGGGGCUGGUAUUGAAGUUUUUUUGUUUGAUUUGUUUAAUGAGAAUGGGAAAAAUGGGGAAGAAUAUGAAAGGCAAUUUGGAAUGUUUGGAGUUGAUGGUACUAAGGCCUAUGACCUUAAAUUCUAAUAAAUUUUUUUUUAUUUUAUUUUAAGGAAUUUAAAAUCCUGGCAUAGUGAAUUUGUCAUGUGAGUCCCUAUCGGAAACAUUAUUCGUUUGUUGAACAUCAAUUUUUCUGCCAUUCCAUUUAAUACAGAAGAAAUAAGUUAAUUA